UAAAAAAAUGCUAUAUGUGGGUGCUGAAUUUUUCAUUUUCUUUGAUAUCACAAAUUAAGCAUGCACAGUUCAAAUGAAUAUGUAUCUGCUGCUAUGAGUCCUGUCCUCUGGACUGCGUUCCAUUAUGAAUAACCCCACAGAUAUGUAAAAACAACCUUUUGUCCUAGGGCGAAGGCAAUUUGUCAGUGGCAACCAACGGAGCUCUCAGGCAGGAGAAUGUGUUAAUGAGAGAUCAAUUAAAGGCCCGUUAAGCGCUGUGUUUGUUAACACUUAACAAGCGCUGCUGUUUCUGACAGAGCUUCAGUUGACUUCUUGGUAAUUGCUUUUCUUUUUAUUUGGCUGCACUUCUGUCCUCUUUAAUGGUGCUAUCUUGCCAUCCUUUAUCUAAGCAGACAAAGAAUCGCUCAUUCAAUGAAUCGAUGCCACCCUCCUCUCAUCAUUCGCUCUCUCUCUUUUGGUUUCUUGGUCAGUCAAGGUACAUAACCUGUGCAAAGCCUUUUGCUUCUCUGUGCACAUCAAUUCAAAGUGGAUUCUUAUUGAGCAACAGAAGCUAUGCGUCCAUCCAGUAUUUUUACCUUUGAACCGGGGUUGGAGGCGGGAGUGCCGUGGGGCCGUGAUCUUUUUACUUUCGUGACUUCAGCAGCGGGUCACAUGAUGAGGACUUUGCAAAGACCACGGAAAAACAAGCCAUCAAAACGACAAGUCAAUCAUCGCAGGUUUCUGCACAACAUGAUACAGAGAAAAUUUGCUGAAAUAGAGGCAUCGAACCAUCAGCUUGCAUCUGCUUUAUGUUCAACUGAUAACCCCCCCGAUCAUCUCACUCCCAGAUUAUCUCACAUUGAAACAGACCAGUCACCCAAACCUUCAAAAAGAGCUAUUGAAUCUUAUAUAUCUGUAAAUGCUGACAAAACUGAAGCGCUUCCUGAACAACAAGAGGAUUUGUGUGACCUCUGGACAUUGGACAGUCUUUUGGACACCGAUGCGGCUGAUAAAAGUUUCUCACCGUGCCAGUUCUCCAACAGUAGAGGAACGAAUCCGAGAACUGAGACGGACGGCAAAGCUUUGGAAAACAUCCCUGCAAGCUCAAUGGAGAAGGACAUCGACUUCAGCUUCGAAAGGGAGCCAGCAUCUACUGGUUUAGAAAGCCUGACUCAUAUGAACAACAGUCUCCUAGAGGAGAGCGUGUCCUGGUUUGGGUCCACUGAAAGAACAAGAUCAUAUUCGAAACCACGUCUCACCAAGUACCAUGACGUGAAGUUGCUCCCCACCGAUGCUGAUGUUCAAGACCUUUCACCUCCUUCUCCAGUGAUUUCACUCUUGUCUUUGGAUUCAUGUGAUUUGGAGGUUCAGAUGCUCAUAGAUGCAGAGCACAAUGUGAACCAAAUGCAAGAUGCCAGCAUCAGAGAGAGUCUCCAAAUGGAUAUGGUGGAUGACCUUGACCUACUGGAUUGUUCUGGUACUCCUGGAGAUCUGGCUAAAACGGCUGAGUGGAUGGAUCACAGUGAAGAGUUUCCAAGCUCUCUGGAUUCGGAUCUAGAGAAACUAACAGGUUCUUUUGGUGGGGCCAAUAACUCCAUGUCCAAUUUGGGCCAAACAGGUCAUGAAUGUUUUGCUAAUGUUCUCUGUAGUCAAGAGCCACAUAGACGUAGUUUCCAUCAUGAUGAAAUAAACUAUAUUAUGAACCACAAUAUGAUUCUAGAAGACCGGUUCGGUCAGGUUGAACCUUGCAUGAAGACGAAUGAAAAGGAGGAUGGUUAUUUAGAUACAGAUUUUUCUGUCAUGGAUGGUAAUCACAUGUUCCCAGUAUUUGAGAGACAGUUGGACCAAUGCAAAAGGAUUCUUUAUGAAAACUGGGAACAACAAUCUCUUAAAAGCUCAUACAAGAACUAUACAAGUCCAGAUCUGAUUAUGAUGCAAAGCACUGGUAUCAGAAAUGUUGACAAAAACACUGUUCAGGUUGAGAAUCUCAACCAGACUUUAUCAGGCUCCCAGUGCCCGAUAACAUGCUGCCUUGAAGGUUUUUGUUAUCAUAAAGAAGCCUCUGGUUUUUACACGAAAUUCAGAGGCAGUCACAACUUUGAGGGCGUGGCUACAUCUUUCCCAGCCACACUGCAUAAGCUCCACCCCACUCCAAUUCCGACUCCGCCUCUAGAUGAUGAUUGGUUGUUUGGUAAUAUUGUGGCGGAGGAAGAGGUGAAUACCAUGAAUAAUACAUUUGGAAAGUACUGAUCAGUCACUGGACAGUAAUUGUAUGAACUGUAUUCAUGAAUUUCAUUGUUUAUUACACUUUUGUGAUUUUUAUGAUAAUUUCUGUGAAAUGUUCUC